GGGCGAAACAGGAAUCGGCGAAAGAGCAAGACUGGACCGCGCGGCCACGGCCCUAAUUGAGACGGGCGUUUUUACUUUGAUAUUUUUUUUUUUCUUCGACUUAUGGUUUGUUGGUUUGCUGCUUUUGGUGAUGCUUCUGGAGAUGAUCUUUAGUGCUUCUGGCGUGGCUUCUGGUAUGACUAUGGUAUUGCUUAUGGUAUGACUAUGGUAUUGCUUAUGGUAUGACUAGUAAUGCUUCUGGUAAUGCUUCUGGUAAUGCUUCUGGUAUUGCUUCUAGUAAUGCUUUUGGUGAUAUUUUUGAUGAUGAUCUUUAGUGCUUCUGGUAUUACCCCUGGUAUUACUUCUGGUAACGCUUCUGGUAAUACUUCUGGUAUGACUUCUGGUAUGACUUCUGGUAUGACUUCUGGUAUGACUUCUGGUAUGACUUCUGGUAUGACUUCUGGUAUUACAUCUGGUUCUACUUCUGGUGAUUUUCUGAAAGCUCUUCUGUGAUCUGUGAUGCUUCUGAUCAAACCUCUGGGUAUUUCCUCGGCUUGUUACCUCGGCCUAUUGCUUCUAUUUGUUACAUCUCUAUUCUCUUGGUUUUCUCUCUAAUUCUCCCGCUGCGCCUCUAAUUAUUACUCUUAAAUCUGGCUUCUGAUAAUUUCCCUGUUUCUUCCCUCUGAUACUUCCCUCUGCUUCACUCCUCUUAUUCCUCUUUCCCCUGAAUACUUUUCUUCUAAUUCCCUCUGAUCAUUCCCUCGAACUAACACCUCUGCCUAUUGCACCCGGAAGACCUCUGUUUCCUUCUGAGUAUCGCCUCCAAUUAUCUCCAUUGUUGCCUCCCUCGAAGCCUGUCAAAAUAAAAACUUCACCCACCUGAUUAGCUC